CCGGGAGCCGGCGAACGCGCAGGCGCGGCGACGUUGUGACGCCGCUUCCGGCCGUGUCAAACCUUGGACUUGUCGCGAGAGCCGAUGUCCCCAGCCCGGUCCCUGCCCCCGGCAGCGAUGGUCACGGCGCUGGCGGCACGGUAUAUUGUCGCAUGGCCAUAUGGAGAGAAAGGACUUUAAUGGAUGGCUUGAAACCCUCUCCAGCACAUUUAUCACUUUGACUGAUUCCCAGAAGAAUGAGACUUUGGACCACCUGAUCAGCUUGAGUGGGGCUGUCCAGUUGAGACACCUCUCCAAUAAUCUUGAAACACUUCUGAAAAGAGACUUCCUCAAACUGCUUCCACUGGAGCUUAGUUUUUAUCUGUUAAAAUGGCUUGAUCCUCCAACCCUGCUCAAUUGCUGCCUGGUCUGUAAGCAGUGGAAUAAAGUGAUAAGUGUCUGCACUGAAGUUUGGCAGGAAGCCUGUCGAAGCUUGGGCUGGCAGAUUGAUGAUACCAUUGAAGACACACUACACUGGAAGAAGAUCUAUCUAAAGGCAGUUAGAAGGAUAAAGCAGUUGCAGGACAAAGAAGCUUUUGAGACAUCCUCUUUAAUUGGCCACAGUGCAAGAGUAUAUGCUCUCUAUUAUAAAGACGGAUUGUUGUGUACAGGCUCUGACGAUCUAUCUGCCAAACUCUGGGACGUUUGUACUGGUCAAUGUAUUUAUGGGAUCCAGACUCACACGUGUGCUACAGUAAAGUUUGAUGAACAGAAACUGGUUACAGGAUCGUUUGAUAACACAAUAGCCUGUUGGGACUGGAUCUCGGGAGCAAAAACCCACAACUUCCGGGGUCAUACGGGGGCAGUUUUUAGUGUUGAUUAUAGUGAUGAGCUCGAUACACUGGUCAGUGGGUCUGCAGAUUUCACUGUGAAAGUAUGGUCAUUAUCGACAGGAAUAUGCCUGAAUACACUCACUGAACACACAGAAUGGGUGACCAAGGUGGUUUUACAAGUCAGCCAGGUUGAAUCCGUGAUGCACAAUCCAGGGGACUAUAUUCUAUUAAGUGCUGAUAAAUAUGAGAUUAAGGUUUGGCCAAUUGGGAGAGAGGUCAACUGCAAGUGUUUGAAGACACUUGCUGUAUCAAAUGACCGAAGCAUAUGCCUCCAACCAAGACUACAAUUUGAUGGCAAGCACAUUGUUUGUGCAUCUGAUUUAGGAUUGUACCAGUGGGACUUCGCGAGUUACGAUAUUAUAAGAGUUAUUAGAACCCCUGAUUCUACGAACCUUUCCUUAUUGAGCCUGGGAGAAGUCUUCGCUCUGCUUUUUGACAGCCGUUACCUGUACAUCAUGGACCUAAGGACAGAGAAACUGGUUGGCCGGUGGCCUCUGCCUGCAUACAGGAAAUCCAAGAGGGGUUCAAGCUUCCUGGCAGGGGAGACCGCGUGGCUAAAUGGACUGAAUGGCAAGAAUGACACUGGCUUGGUUUUUGCCACAAGCAUGCCGGAUCAUAGUAUUCAUUUGGUCCUGUGGAAGGAGAAUGGAUGAGAAGAUAUCGCAACUGUCGGGCGUGUACUGCUUGUGCUGCUGUUUUCGAGGACGUUUCUGAGAAUGCAGAAUCUUUGCAUGAACCAAAGAAGCACAGACCAGGCAUUCUCUCAUGUACAGUACAGUUGAUUGCCUUUAUUUUUUUUAAAAAAAAGUCAAACGAAACCAGCAUGUUUGAAAGUUAUUUUUACACCUUAAAUCUGUUUGCUUGCAUAUUGAUGUAUCAAUACAGGAAGGGAAGGAAAAAAAAAGUAUGUUAAAUUAAACAUGGCACUGUUUAGAAAUUUAUGAUGAGCCAAGGGUUUAAGAUUCUGCUAUACAAGCACAUUUCAAUGUAAUUAAUCUAUUGUUUGCAGUAUUCUGAACAUUCCCUGAAUGCCUUCAUUUCUUCUGCACCUGAAAGUAUAGAACACAUUACUUUUUAUAUAAAUAUUUCCAUUCAGGACUUUGCCUUAAUGCUUUUAUUAGUGGUUGCUCUCAAUGAGCCUGUUUAUAGAACAUUAGGUAGGUACUUUAAAUUUGUCCACAUUUUAUAUUUUGGUAUAGUCAGUAUUUACAAUGAUAUUUUUUAUUGAUAUUUGCCCACAUUGUCACAAUUGUUAAUUAUCUUCAAUAUAUUCUUUUUGAAGAAAUAGUUGGAAACUUGCUUGGCUACUUGCCUCAUUUGCGUUAAAGGUUCCAUAUUUAUAAUCUAACAAAGCAGUGCAGUGAUGAUGUUCCCUUUGUACUUGAGGCUGCUAGAUGUUCCCUGUUGAGGUCUUCCCAUCCAAUUCCCUGUUGCUCCUGUAGUGCUUCCUAAACUGGCAAUAUUACUGAUUACACUGGAAGCCAUAGUGUGUCUGUACCAGUUACAAAGGACAACAUAUAGGUCUUUCGGGUUUUGAUCCUGUUCUGCCAUUCAGUGAGAUAAAAUUGAUCAUCUCCGCACCAUCCGUCUACCAGGACUUGCUCUGUGCAUGCAUGGAGCCACUAUCAUGGUCAAGAGAUGCUCGAUAAUAUACACUGCUGCAAUUGGUUACAGGAGCAUCGACAGGGGAUCCAAGAGUCUUAGCAUUUAAAAUUUGAUGUCAUUGGAAUUGUGCUGUAGAGUUUUGCAGUACUUUUUCCUGGAGUCGGGCCUGGAUUUAUAACUGCUGUGGAGCAAUGAAUUUCAAAAGGGAAAGUCUUCCUUCACUGACCUUACUGCUUCAAAAUAUUCAGUUACAGAACUGAAAAUGGUAAUUCAGUCAGUGUAAUUACAUGUAUUAUCAGAAGGCCUUCAAUGAUAGACAAGCAAGUGUGGUCAGAAUGCGGAGCUGUCUCCAGAACAAAACAAGGAAUAGGAGUAAAGAAUUGGUAUUCAGGUGGAAGAUGAUGGAUAGGGAGUUGGCAGAGCAGUGCAGCUAACAGGGCUGUGCUUCGUAUCUCCAGAUACCCAGGUUCAAUCCUGUCCUCCAGGGCUGUCUGUGUGAAAUUUGCACAUUCAUGCAGAGGAGGUUUUUCAGGUUGAUUCUGGAGAUGAGGGGAUUAGCCAAUGAGGAGCGACUGAGUCGCCUGGGACUGUACUCACUGGAAUUCAGAAGAAUGAGAGGGGAUCUUGUAGAAACAUAUGAAAGGGAUAGAUAAAACAGAGACAGGAAAGUUGUUUCCACUGGUAGGUGACACUAGAACUAGGGGGUAUAGCCUCAAGAUUCAGGGGAGUAGAUUUAGGACAGAUGAGAAACUGCUUUUCCCAGAGAGUAAUGAAUCUGUGGAAUUCUCUGCCCAAGGAAGCAGAAGAGGCUACCUCAUUAAGUAUAUCAUAGUAGGGGAAUUAGGGGUUAUGGGGAAAAGGCAGGCAGGUGGAGCUGAGUCCACGGCCAGAUCAGCCACGAUCUUUGAAUGGCAGAGCAGGCUCGACGGGCCAGAUGGCCUCCUCCUGCUCCUGGUUCUUAUGUUCUCCCUGUGACCACAGUUCCCCCGGAAGCUGCAGUUUCCACACUCAUCCCAAAAAUGUUGGUUAGUGAGUUGCCCCUGUAUAGGUGAGUGGAAGAACCUGGGGGGAAUUGGGAUUGGGGGGGGGGGGGGGUAAAAUAGGAUUA